AUGCAUAGAUUCGUUCCUCGAUUUGGGUAUCCUCAUCCCGCGGAGUUGUUUCGAAAUUCUCGAACUUUAUGCGCAAAUUCGAGUAAUUUAGGAGUAAAUGGGAGCAGAUGUGUCAGCAGUGAAGCGAGAAGAGAGUCGAGAGAGUACGAUGUUCUCAUCGAGAAAGGAGCAGAAGUAGGAGCACACAUUGUCUCUGGAAAUGUAAUUCAAACUGUGUCACCAGAUGAACUUCUCCCACAUUGGAGAAAAGAACAGAGCUGCGUUGGACAUGGACACAGAGGAGGGAAACUAAUUCAUUCAAGACUGUAUAAGAAUGGGCUCGAGGAAGAUGUCUACUUUUGCAACAACCUCAUCAACGCUUACCUUGAAACGGGCGAUUCAGUAUCUGCACGUAAGGUGUUUGACGAAAUGCCUCAGAGGAACUGUGUUACAUGGGCGUGUCUUGUUUCAGGGUACAGCCGGAACGGAGAACAUACGGAAGCUUUGUUCUUCUUGAGAGAUAUGAUCAAACAAAGGGUAUUCUCAAAUCAAUACGCUUUUGCUAGUGCGCUUAGAGCUUGUCAGGAGCUAGAUUCUGUAGGGAAUCUUUUAGGGAGACAAAUCCAUGGCCUCAUGUUCAAGCUUUCGUAUUCAGUGGAUCCGGUGGUUUCGAAUGUCCUCAUAUCAAUGUACUGGAAAUGCAUAGGGUCUCUUGGUUGUGCUCUUCGUGCUUUCGAUGAUAUAGAAGUUAGAAAUUCUGUAUCAUGGAACUCAAUCAUAUCUGUAUAUUCACAGAGUGGGAAUAUGAGGUCUGCGUUUGAGAUGUUCUUCAGCAUGCAAUGUGAUGAUCAUUCUAGACCAACCGAGUACACUUUCGGUAGUCUCGUAACUGCUGCUUCUUCUUUGACUGAACCAGAUGUUAGUUUGCUCAAGCAGCUCAUGUGCACUAUCCAGAAAUCUGGUUUCCUCUCUGAUCUUUUUGUUGGCAGCGGAUUGGUGAGUGCAUUUGCGAAGGCUGGCUCAUUGAGUUUUGCGAGGAAGGUUUUUAAUCAGAUGGAGACAAGAAACGCGGUCACUUUAAACGGUCUAAUGGUUGGUCUGGUGCGACAGAAACGAGGAGAAGAAGCAACUAAGCUGUUUAUGGAUAUGAAGGGCAUGAUUGAUGUUAGUCCUGAGUCAUACGUAAGUCUACUGAGCUCAUUUCCUGAGUAUUCUCUAGCUGAGGAAGUUGGUUUGAGAAAAGGCAGAGAGGUUCAUGGACAUGUUGUAACAACUGGCUUAGUUCACUCCAUGGUUGGUAUUGGAAAUGGCCUUGUUAAUAUGUAUGCUAAGUGCCGUUCAAUAGAUGAUGCUAGACGUGUUUUCAGUCUCAUGACGGAGAAAGAUUCUGUCUCCUGGAACUCCAUGAUCACUGGUCUUGACCAAAACGGUCGCUUUGUAGAAGCUUUGGAGCGCUACCAAAGUAUGAGACGGCAUCAAAUCUUGCCUUCGAGUUUCACACUGAUUAGUUCAUUAAGCUCAUGCGCCAGCUUGAAAUGGGCGAAAGUAGGACAACAGAUUCAUGGAGAAAGCCUCAAACUGGGGCUUGAUUCGAAUGUUUCGGUUUCAAAUGCGUUUAUCACACUGUAUUCAGAGACCGGCUACCUCAACGAAGGCUGUAAAAUAUUCUCCUCCAUGCCAGAGCAUGAUCAGGUGUCUUGGAAUUCCAUGAUUGGAGCUUUAGCUAAUUCAGAAGGGUCAGGACCUGAAGCCGUGACAUGUUUCUUGAAUGCGCUACGAGCGGGACAAAGACUUAACGGAAUAACCUUUUCAAGCGUUCUUUCAGCUGUGUCAUCCCUUUCAUUUGGUGAACUGGGCAAGCAGAUACACGCGAUAGCUUUGAAGUACAGUAUAGCAGAUGAAGCAACCAUUGAAAAUGCUCUUAUAGCUUGUUAUGGGAAGUGUGAGGAGAUGGAAGAGUGUGAGAAGAUAUUUUCUAGAAUGUCAGAGAGAAGAGAUGAUGUGACUUGGAACUCGAUGAUCUCGGGGUAUAUACAUAACGAGCUACUUCCCAAGGCCUUGGACUUGGUAUGUUUUAUGUUGCAGACGGGUAAGAGGCUGGAUAAUUUCAUGUAUGCGACGGUUCUUAGCGCGUUUGCUUCGGUUGCAACGCUAGAGCGUGGCAUGGAAGUGCAUGCUUGUUCGGUGAGAGCUUGUUUAGAAUCUGAUGUGGUAGUUGGGAGUGCACUCGUUGACAUGUACUCCAAAUGCGGAAGGCUAGAUUAUGCUCUGAGGUUUUUCAACACAAUGCCUGUGAAGAAUUCAUAUUCUUGGAACUCGAUGAUUUCGGGAUACGCACGGCAUGGGCAAGGAGAAGAAGCUUUGAAGCUUUUUGCAGAUAUGAAGCUCGAUGGCCAAACACCACCUGACCAUGUUACAUUUGUGGGAGUCUUGUCAGCUUGUAGCCACGCGGGUUUGGUUGAAGAAGGGUUUAAACAUUUCGAGUCCAUGAGUGAUUCUUAUGGCCUAGCUCCUAGGAUUGAACACUUCUCAUGUAUGGCUGACUUGCUAGGCCGUGCAGGUGAACUCGAUAAGUUGGAACAUUUCAUCAAUAAUAUGCCAAUGAAGCCUAAUGUUUUGAUUUGGAGGACUGUUCUUGGAGCUUGUUGCAGAGCAAAUGGUCGAAAAGCAGAAUUAGGGAGGAGAACAGCAGAAAUGCUUUUUCAAUUGGAGCCAGAAAACGCUGUGAACUAUGUGCUACUUGGUAACAUGUACGCUGCUGGAGGAAGGUGGGAAGAUUUGAGUAAGGCGAGGAAGAAGAUGAAAGAUGCAGAAGUGAAGAAAGAAGCUGGUUAUAGUUGGGUCACGAUGAAAGAUGGAGUCCAUAUGUUUGUUGCUGGGGAUAAGUCACACCCAGACGCUGAUUUGAUAUACAAGAAGCUCAAGGAGCUCAAUAGGAAGAUGAGAGACGCAGGUUAUGUGCCACAGACAGGAUUUGCGUUGUAUGAUUUAGAGCAAGAGAACAAGGAAGAGAUUCUGAGCUAUCACAGCGAGAAGCUAGCUGUAGCUUUCGUUCUCGCUGCUCAGAAGAGCUCAACGUUGCCAAUCAGAAUAAUGAAGAACCUUAGGGUUUGCGGUGAUUGCCACUCUGCCUUCAAGUAUAUAUCAAAGAUCGAAGGAAGACAGAUAAUCCUAAGAGAUUCGAACAGAGGCAAAGCCGAAACUGCAGAUCAACAUCAGACACUGUUUGCACUGCAAGUUGAACUAAGCUUGGAACAUAAGAAGAGCACACAAGAGGGAAAAUAUGGAGCGAGUUUAUCUAAAUCUGUCAGGUUUCCUUGUAACUUGUCCGAUAUUCACAGCUUUAAGAUUAAACUUAAAGCCAGUGAGUGGAGGAUCCAGUCUGGUUCGGACACUUGCGUCAUCUUACAAAGCUUCUCUCUUGGCCAGGCAAGUUCAAGCCUACUUAACGGGAUUAUCACCACCUACACAGUUUCACAGGAAGUAUGA